AUGGAGCACCAAAAGGAUGCAAGACUACAAGACUUGAAGAAGGACCGCAGCAAUGCGCAAGGAGGAGAUGCUUUGCACACACAAGAUGCUUUCAAUGGCCAGAAUUCCGCCAGUCAGAAAGCUGCGGCAAAUGGACAAGUCACCACAAGCGAGGCCACGGGACUGCCCACACCCCCAGAGCUGGACCAGUCAUGGCGGGAUGGCCCAGACAACAAGCCCAUGGGAGUCCUGAUAGAACGCUUGGCUCAGCAAUGCUUCACCGAUCUGGGAACGACAUUGAAGACCAUGGCCGAAAUCCCGGAAAGCACACAAGCAAAUGGAGUGGUUCCUCAUGCAGUCGACACUUCCGUGGCCAGUUUGACCAAGAAACGGACCCUCAUGGACUUUGCGCAUAAUCAGCGUGAUCGGUUCAUCAAGACAUUGGUAUUAUCGGACUGGGCUCGCAACGAGCAGGAUAUGGCAAGACUCGUGGACAUCAAGGUAUGGCAGGAACGUCAACUCGGCGCACAGGUCCAGGCCAUUUCAUCCAUUGGCAACACAAAACAUAAUAUGCAAGGCGCGAAAAUCCCCAAUCCCAACCUUGAUGGUGCACUGGAGCUGCUGGCAACUGGAACGUCACGAAUGCCGGACCUGGGCUAUCUACCUCCGAAGAAGCUGUCGGCCAAGCAGCUGCUGCGUACGUUGCAAGAUAUGAAUGUCGCACUCGCGACAAGGCUGAACCUGCAUGAGGAGCUACCCUACUACUUCAACGACCUGUCCAUUGCCAACGGCCGGGCGACCUUCCGCGUUGCGGAUGAAUUCGAGGUCGACUUGUCAUUGGGAGAUGAGGAUCCCAGCACGCCAUUCUGGUUUAUUGACAUGCGAUUUCUGUUCUCCCCAACACCUGAUAUCACCGACGAUGUCAGUCGUAUGGAGCUAGAGAAGCGGGUGAAUAUUGCACUUGCAAGCGAGUCGAAGCUACAAGGCUGUUACGACCUACUUCACAAUUUCGUGUUGACUCACAAAAUCAAUGUUCUGCGAGAUCAAGCUAGCCAGCUCCUACGAGAGAAGUGGUUUGAUUGCUUGUUUGUGGAGAUGAAGAAGAGAGUGCUGAUUGUUCAAUAUUGGUCUGACUUGGCUGGGCCCAAAAGCUGGCUCGAGAUUGGUGUGAGCACCGGGAAGCAGAACCGGAAAGGCUCAAAGCCGGCCAAUGCGCAACUGUCGGUGAGAUGGUUUCGAAGAGGACAGGAGGUUCUUGAUGAUUCACCUUCUAUUGAUUGGAAGACCUUGAAUGUGGAGCAGGUGCUGGGUACACUCAUUGCAAAACACACCUCCUGGGAUCUGAGAAAUACCAAGAACGGGCUGGUCAAACUCGCAGGAUCCAACAGCAAGCUGGACAUGACUCUCGAUGCAUGCGCCGAUACUCCAGAAGACUGUUCGCUCGCUCUGGGCCUACCUGGAAUGCGCACGCCGUACAUCGUCCGGAAGGAGGUCGUCACCGGGAAGUGGGCCAUUUCGCCACCGACAAUGCUGGCGGCUCGAGCAGAGCGUUUGAUGAACGCCGAUCUGAAAGCUGAUCCUGCAGUCCAACUCGCGCAAAUGCUGUGCGGAACUAACCAGGAGCGAAUCGGCAAGGCGGCUGAUCUGGCUGGCUGGAUCUCCGUGUCUUCUAGGACGCUGGCACCUCAAAACAAUCUGAAAGCACUCUUCGGAGCGGAUACCGUUUCUCGAAGCAUUUACAAGUGUAAGCGAGGCUGGAGCGACAGCUGGGCGCUCGUGGCUACCUUUGGUCUGUCUGGUGACAAGUGGUGGGCUGCACGCCUGGAACCCAAGCUCGAAGCGAGAGGUACCUCAACCGGUAGCAUCUUCGCAGAGGCUCGUCGGAUCUCGAUUCCAUCAGACCUCCUCGCCCUUUCCGGUGUCGCGCGAUCACUACUGAUUCGCAUCGAGAAACUCGCCGUGGCGCAAAUAUCGCUGGCGGUCGUCACGCAGGACUUGGACUCGAAGCGUAUUCCUUAUAAGAUUGAGAAUACCGCAUCGUUGACUCCUGCUGAACGAUCUCGCGGAGAACGGUCUAGUGCGGCAUCCGCAGAGCCAGCUGUGGUCCUAGACUCAGCAUCAUUCUUCGACGACGCAAAAUCCGACCCCCUUCGGAAACCCUUCAAAGAUGGGUCCAUUCGCCUGACCCACGAUCGCAACAUCACUUCACCGCCGGCCACGGAUGGCUCCAGGGCCGAAGUCACGCACUGUCUUCGUCUGACUGUUCGGCAUGGCGUGCUGAACCACCUCCAGGAAUACCUCCUGACCAAACCUCGCGACGCCGACAUGUUCAUGAACGACCGCGGUGCCCUCGCCCUGCGCGUCCGCGUACAAUUCGGUCAGCCCUGCGUCUCCGUCCUUCAGGCACGACUCAGAUCUUGCAAACGUCUCGACGCCUACCUAGUGGCUCUAGCCCGAUACUCCUUCGUCUGCACUCAUCUCUCCCUCACCCGUGUAACAUUCACCUACCCUUCCAACCCGGACCUCUCCGCCACCGUCCGCUUCUCCACAAAUCCCAACGCUCCACCUUCCGCCGACCUCAAACUCCACCCAACCGACUCCAACCCCCACCAACGCGUCCGCGUCAUCGCCCUCCGAACUUUCAACCUCGCGCCCCUCGACCCGAAGUCAUUCACUGCUCUCCUCUACACUCUCCGCACAUCCGUCUCCCUCAACAUCGCCUACUCCACCAUCUCCGCCCUUCCACCCCUCGGCUCGAUGCACAUCCAUCCGCACCAUCUCCUCGCUUACCUAUGGACAUACUCCGCCCCACUACCUGGCGCCGGCGCACAGUUCAAGAUUCAAUGGCGACCGAAUGUGGGUGAGAAGAAAAAAGGGGUGUGGCAUAUCAUGACACAGCUUUCAAAGCCGAACAAAGGGAGUGGGGAGCUGAGAGAGGAGGUGAGGAUGGGGAUUGCGGAGGUUUGUUUGAAGAAGGGGAGCGGGAGGAUUGGGAAUGGGACGAGCAUUGUGGUUGAAGAUGGGUUGGUGGGGGAGGUGAUUCGGGAGCUGGAUCGGGUCUGUAGGGAGGGUGGUGAGGCGGUGGACGGGAAGAAGGAAGAAGAGGUUAAAGAUGUCAAGGUCGACACGGCGGCGGGUAGCAGGCCCAGUGUGGCGACGCAGAGGACGGGGUCGAGUACGAGUGUGAAGACUCAAGGUUGGCAACAGAAGACCGCGCAGAUGAAGAGUGGUGGUCAUGCUGGCUUGCAACAGGCGAAUGGGAGUGGGAACGGCAAUGGUCAUCGCGGUUCCGUGACGAAUGGGAAUGGCAACGCGAAUGGAAAUGGCCGACUGAAGCAGGAAAUCAUCGAACUGGACUGA